AUGCAGCCGACCGGAGCGAGCGAAGAGCUUAUCCCCCCUACAAUGCCAGCGGUAUAUCUUCCAGCGCCCCCGAGUGGGAAGAACCGGAAGCCAAAGCCCUCAAACCUCAUUUACAAAGCCGACUUUCCUACUCCACAUUGCACCGAAACACAAUACUUGGUCAAAGUCAGUGCAACUGCGUUGUGCCCCGGCGAACUUGAGUGGCCCCAUCUUCUUCAUCGGAGAGAGAACGGGGCGGUGAUUGGGCACGAUAUAUGUGGAACGGUUCUGUCCACUCCAGUUGCAGACGAACAUUUGCCUGACGGCCCGCGCUUUAAAGUCGGGGAUCGGGUAUUCGGCCUGAUUGAGCUGGCUAGGGAUGGCGGUGCGGCGGAUUGUGUUGCGGCUGAGGAGGAGGAGUUGGCGUUGAAGCCGCAGAACAUUUCUGCGGUGGAGGCGGCGAGUAUACCUCUCUCCGCGCUAACAGCAUAUCAAAUAUUGUGCGAGCACAUUUUGUUCAAGGACUCAAUGAAAGAAUACGGGAGGCACAAGGAUCUCCCAUUCCGAAUCCUUAUUUUGAACGGCACCGGAGACGUUGGCAUUCAAGCAAUUCAGAUCCUGCGAUCGAAAUCCAUUUGGCGUGGCUAUCAUAUCUGGGUUUGUGCCACAACCACUACCACAGAGCAUGAACGGUUCCUGAGAGAUGAAUUGCACGCCGACGAAGUGCUGAACUCCGUCGAGAAUCCAGACCUUGCUCAGGUUUGGAAGCACAGGAAUUGGCCGCAAGUGCAUCUCAUUCUGGAUUGCAUGGGCGGUGGAGCGCUAUCACGAGCCUGCAUUCAGGGCAUUUUAGAUAAAGCCGGGGCCACAACUAGUGCACUGGAAGCAAUUUGCGACCCUGACAAGCAUCAGGUAGAAGGUGGAUAUUUUGGUGUGAAACCGAACGGAGUGCAGCUGGGAAUGAUUAGCAAACUCGUUGAGGACGGCGAAAUUAAGCCGUAUGUUGACAAGGUCUUUGAACUACACGAGGCAAAAGAGGCCAUGGAGUAUGUCGAAUCCAGGAAGGCAAGAGGUAAAGUCGUGGUGCAUGUCAAUUAUGAUUAG